AAGGGGUUUCCUUUGAUAAAUAAGUUGAACUCUAUAUUUUUCUUGAUUAGAUACCGUAACAAUUACGAAUGCAAUCAGGGCUCUUAAUACGUUAUUUCAGGAAUGAUGAGAUCGAUUUUGUCGCUAGUAGAUCGUUCACGGGAUAGUGAUUCUUUUUUAGAGUCAACUUUAUCAAAAAACUCAAAAUUGAUCUUGUUUGAGUUUCGAACAAAUGAAAAAUAAACGUAUUAUAGUGACCUAAGCGCAGUGACUGAACAGUGACGAGUCAUCUUCGAACUACUCUGCGCAAAUACAAUCCAAACACUAAUUUUGCUGAAUGCUAAAAUGCUUUAUGUCAGUUCGUCAUAUUUAGUGUGUUAAUCACAGCGAAUAGGAAUACAAUACAAUGUUAAUCAAUGUUGAACUCAACUAGUGCGAAUUUAUUCAGAUCGCAAAAAUUGAGGUUAGAAACUGCGUAUUUGACAAGUGUUGUGAAAAGCUCGCAUUGUUCAUCGGCUUUACCAAUUUCUAAUUCAAAAGAAAGCUGUAGUUUUUGGACUAAUUUCUUACGACCGCAGUUUUACGUUGGACCUCUUUGCACAGUUAGUAGUGUCUAUUGAAAAAUUGACGUAUGACACUUAUAUUUUAAGUGUAUACACAAAAUACAUUUUUACUUUACCAAUAAUUGUCAAGUUUAACAAUGAGCCGUGAUGAAUCACGACGAUCUAAACGAGCACGAGUUGAUAGAGAUUAUGAAAUUGGACCAACAGCAAAUAUUAUGGCAAACGAUUAUGACGAUGAACGAACUUUGGAUGAAGAAGAAGCUUUAGAAGCUCCUGAAGAUACCAAUAAUGAAUUAGAUGAUCUUCAAAAGGAGAGUGACAUGCCUCUUAAUGACUUACUAAGCAUGUAUAAUUAUACAAAUAUGUCUAAUAUGGAGACUAACGAAGAUGAUGAAGAGGAUGAUGAAGAGGAUGAGGAUUACGAAGAGGAAGAAGAUGAUGAUGAUCCUUCACCCUAUGAACCUGAUCUCAAACAAUUUUAUACAGAAAUGGUAAAAGCAGAAAAUGGAUCGAGUAUCAUAAAACCUGACCCUAAAACUGAUAAUACAACUGAUUCUAACAAUGAUGCUAGUACUCUAAAUGCUACUAUACGGACAAGUGAAAAUGAAGUCAAAACAGGAGAUACUAAUAUUCCUGUUGUUGAAUGUACAGUUGGUGUUGAAAAUGUUAACAAUAUCCCUAAUGUUGAUAGUACUAACAGUAAUGUUGCUGCCAGUGCUGGAGGUACAUCACGUUUAUUACGUAGCGUAUCUCGUCCUCAAAGUGAAGAGGAAGAUGACGAUUGCGAUUAUAGUCCUGAUGAAGAAGAAUGGAAAAAGACAAUAAUGGUAGGGACUGAUUAUCAGGCUGCUAUACCUGAAGGCCUUUGUAGAUAUGAUGAUGCUCUACCAUAUGAAAAUGAAGAUAAAAUACUUUGGAAUCCUCAUCAUAUGAAUGAAAAUGAUGUCCAAGAAUUUCUGGAGCAUGCAAUGGUUCCUUCUAUAAAAUUUAGUGCUUUACCAAAUGGUAUUCAUAUCCGUGACGAUGAACAAGCACUUUAUCUUUUACUGCAAUGUGGUUACAACUUGGAAGAAGCUUUACGUAGACGCAGAAUGAAUGCAAUACCUCCUAAUGAAUCUGUGAGUCUUUGGUCAGAAGAGGAAUGCCACAAUUUUGAAUCAGGACUUAGGAGUUAUGGCAAGGAUUUUCAUUUAAUUCAAAAAAAUAAAGUCAGAACGAGAUCAGUUGGUGAACUGGUUCAAUUUUACUAUUUAUGGAAAAAAACUGAAAGACAUGAUAUUUAUACCUACAAAGCAAGAUUAGAAAAGAAAAAAUAUGCUCUUCAUCCUGGAAUAACAGAUUACAUGGAUAGAUUUUUAGAAGAACAAGAAGGUGUACGCGAUCGAAGUAGCUCUCCGAAUGUUCAUAGCAUGUUACACGGCGACGUAAAACGUCAAAGAACAAGUACGAAUUCAUUGAGCAACGAUGAUCCACCAGGUAAAUCCAAUGUUGAUAACUGGGAUGGGGCAACUUGUACCGCAAGUACAAGCACCAUUGUUACUUCUACAACAUCAGGUCCAUUAGCAACGACAACGACGACAACGAUGGCGACGCCAACGAUGUCCACAAUGCGUUCUAAAAGCGAUAGUCCUGUCAACAAUUCACAAGUUGAAAUGUCGUUCAACAAGGUAGAACAACAACCUCAGCCAUAUCAAGCACCAUGCACGGUUGCGAGCACAGCCGUCAUCCCCAAAGAAAUUUUGACCACUUCACAUCAAUUGCCAGUUCCGAGUCAUCAGUUGCUCGUUGGUGUAAAUAGUAAAAGUCAACCGACUGAUAAUUCUCAACAUACGACGGCUGUGACCGCUCCCGUGGUGACAAGUCACUCUCACGAUAAAGUUUUACAAUUACCGCCUUAGCUCUGCUCAAUUCAUUUUAAGCGCGUUGAACGCGUUUUCGGUCUCAUAUUCAAUAAUGCAACAUUUUCACUUCAUUGUCUUAUGUUUUUUGAUAUCAUGUAUGUAAAUCUACAUUUUUAAAGCACUGUUUUAUUUAGUAUAUCUGUAAGUAUUUUUUAAGUAUUAUAAUUUUUCAAUUAUGCAUAUUACCCCAAAAUGUUUGGAGAGCUAAUACGAAAGAAUUUUCUAUUGAUUGGAUACUUUUGUAAAAAUGUUACAUACUUUUGAAUGGCUUUUCAUUUUUAUAAACAAAGUUUUCAAAUUGAAGGUAUUCUUGAUAUAUUUUAGUUUUAAAGGCUGUAACUUUCAUAGUGUUUUGAUAGCGAGUCAAAUCGUACGAUUGAUUUUCUCUGGAAUUAAUUUCACAGUAUUUUAUUACAUAAAGUAUAUUGUAGAGUAAGUUAUAUAUAUAUAUAAUUAAAAUAUUUUUAAAAUGUGUUUUAGUAUAAACCGAAUUCAAAUAGUUUCAUGUAAAAAUAAAAAUUUCAUUCGAGUUUUUGAUAAUCAGGUUUUCGAAAUAUGGGCAUAGAGCAAAUAAUUUUAUUUUUUAAUGUCUCCCAAAUAUUAUGAAUAUUAAAAAGAAUAGAAUAAAAAAUGUUAACUACUUUAUGUUCUUAAAAAAGCUGUUUUUGUUAACCUUUUGAAUUUUAACUUUCAAAUAUUUACGGUAAACUUUACAACUUUACUGACAAUUUUAUAAUCAAAAAUUUUUUAUUAAUUUCAUGAGGCUAUUCAUUUAUGUUACUUGGUAUGGAACGUUGAUCAAAUUAUUAAUAUUGAUAGAAAAUUCUGUCGUGGUGUAAAUUCACGUUAUGUAUUUGUAUCUUUCUUAAAAACUCUUAAUUAAGAAAAAUUUCAUUGAUAAAACAUAAUUAUUGCAUUCGUUAAGUAAACGCCGGAUUAUAUUUUUCUACUGUAUGCAUAUAAGGUCUCAUGUCUGUCAAUGCGUAGUAAUUAUUGAUGAGUAAAAUUCUAAAACAAUUUAUUUAUGUAAACUUUUACUCAGAAAAUUACAAUUGAACUUAAUAAAUGUUAUUAAUAUAUAAAUAUAUUUAAUCACUUGUUAUGUAACGAAUUUAACAAGUUUUAAGGAAAAAAUUUGUUAUUAACUUUAUCUGGCGCCCAAUUCUUAUGAUCAAUUUAAAAUGAUUUAGAUUUUGUAUAAAGCUAGAAUUAAUUAAAACAUAGCCAUAAAAUUAUAAAAUAAUUUCAAAUGUGAUUUUCUUAUUGAAAAAGUUGAAUUCAAGAUUACACGCAUUGAUUUCAAUUAUAUCCCGUCAGCCACUUAGUGUAAAAAAUUUUCCAAAAUUUUAAGUAAAAAAAACAUAUUCGAUUAAA